AUGACCAAGCUGGCGUACCUCCACGAGCCGGGCGUCCUGCACAACCUCUCCUGCCGAUACGGCCUUAACGAGAUAUACACGUACACCGGGAACAUCUUGAUCGCGGUGAACCCUUUCCAGCGGCUGCCUCUCCUGUACGACGUGCACAUGAUGGAGCAGUACAAGGGAGCCAGCUUUGGGGAGCUCAGCCCGCAUCUCUUCGCGAUCGCAGACGCCUGCUACAGGGCGUUGAUCAAUGAUCAGGGGAGUCAGGCAAUCCUGGUCUGCCAUUUCAGUCGAUUCGGUAAGUUUGUUGAAAUCCAGUUCGACAAGUAUGGGAAGAUAUCAGGGGCUGCUGUUCGCACAUACCUCCUUGAACGAUCACGAGUAUGUCAGGUCUCUGAUCUUGAGAGGAACUACCAUUGCUUUUACAUGCUUUGUUCUGCACCCCCUGAGGAUGUAAAAAGGUUUAAGGUGGGAGACCCAAGAUCAUUCCAUUACUUGAACCAAACAAACUGCUAUGAAGUGGCCAAUGUGGAUGAUGCAAGAGAGUACAUAGAAACUAGAAGUGCUAUGGAUAUUGUUGGCAUUGAUCAAGAGGAACAGCGUUGUUACUUGUUCGAGAUUUGUGUCUAG